AUGGAACAAAAGUCAUGGAGCGAACUAACGGCUCCCCUGAAAAGCAGCACAGUAGAUUCAGAAUGUUCAAUUGGCAUCAUAUCUUCACAAGAAAGCUUACAGGAAAUGGACUUCACAACUCAGCCUUACACAGUCCAGAGGUAUAUACGACCUCAAGAUAACUAUAUAUUUGAAGAUGAAGGCAGCAGUGAUUUCACACUCCUUGGUGAAACAGGACUUGGUGUCAUGGAAAAUCUAAGUAUCAAAUUAAAGGUUAUUGGUCAUCUAUUUGACAUAAUGUCUGGUCAAUCUGAAGUUGACCAUCCUCUGUGUGAGGAGUGUACAGACACUUUGCUCGACCAACUGGAUCUCCAGUUAGAUUUUACAGAAAAAGAAUGCAAACAAUACAAUGAUUUCCUGAACAACAUGGACACAGAUGAAGAGACUGUUGACUUGAAAACAUUGGAUGAUGAGUUGAGAAAAUUGCAGAUUGAGGAAAAGGAUUUGCGGGAACAGUUAGAAAAAGUUGAGACUGAACGAGCUGAGUUAUCAAACCUUAUACAAAAGGAGAAAGAAACUGCCAAGCAAUUGGAUCAAGAGGAAGAGAAGUACUGGCAUGAGUAUAAUCAAUUGAAACGAGAUCUUCAUCAGUUUGAAGAUGAACAAAGAAGUGUCCAGUUGCAGUUACGUUAUGCACAAAGCCAACUGGAAAAAUUGACCAAAACCAACGUCUUUAAUGCUACAUUCCAUAUAUGGCACAAUGGCCAUUUUGUGACCAUCAAUAACUUUCGACUUGGACGUCUACCAAAUGCACAGGUUGAUUGGAAUGAAAUCAAUGCUGCUUGGGGCCAGACUGUUUUGUUGCUUCAUGCAUUGGCAAAGAAGAUGAACCUUAAAUUCACACAAUACCGAUUGGUUCCUUAUGGAAAUCAUUCCUAUCUUGAAUCCCUCACAGACAAAAGCAAAGAACUGCCACUUUAUGGUUCAGGAGGAUUCCGAUUCUUUUGGGAUACCAAGUUUGAUCAAGCAAUGGUUGCCUUCCUAGAAUGUCUUCAAGAGUUUAAAGAAGAAGUUGAGAAAGUCGACCCCAGUUUUUGUUUGCCAUACAAAAUGGAAAAGGGACGAAUUGAAGAUGUCAGCACAGACACAUCUUAUUCUAUCAAGAUCCAGUUCAAUUCGGAGGAGCAAUGGACAAAGGCUCUGAAAUAUAUGAUGACUAAUCUGAGAUGGGCUCGCACACCCUGCAGCACGCUCUCAGGACUCAAAAUUGACAAAAUCAGCUCACCGUAUAACCGGGAUACUCGGGUCCGGGUUCUGGUUCGGGUAAAUGUUCCGGAUAUUCGUGAUGAUAAGCGGCAGCCCUUUGUCCACUGUUAUUUAACCGGAAAACAACGCCAGUGUCAGCAGGUAAAAUUACCACAGGAGGUUUCUACUGAUAGAAACUUCCAGAGAGCUAUGUCCAGAAAACACAAACUUUACAAGAUUCCCGCCAAACAGCCUGCAAUUAUUCAACAAGUUACCAAAUCUGGUUUCUUUGUGGAUAUAACAUUUGAAUUCUUGCAGCAGAAUUGCCAGAAUGAAGAAGAUGGCAAGAAAGAAAUGGACCAAUUGCUUGGGCUUUGUUUGGGCAAUCUUCAUAUAAGAAAUGUUGGACAAAUUGGUGAUUGGUGCCCAAAUUUACUGGUCUGCAGUUUGCCAAAUAACCACUUGACAAACAUCUCUGCCUUCUAUAACUGUGUUAAUCUGAUCAAACUUGACAUUCACGGAAAUCAGUUGUCCUCUAUUCCUGAUGAAAACUUCUGGUCCAGAAUGAAACAUCUUGAGUUCCUCUUUCUCCACGAUAAUCCAAUAGCAUCAGUGGACACAGUCAGUCAUCUGGCAAAUUGUCCCAAACUGACUGCCCUGACAAUGUAUGACACACCCCUGAGCUUGAUGAAUAAAUACCGUCACCAUGUUGUCAACACACUCAUCAUUCUGAAGGCCCUUGACCACUACAUUGUUGCUGACCAAGAAAUCAUAGAAGAUUUAAAGGCAACGGAGAGAUUUUCAGCUUUCAGACAGGAACUCAGAAUAAAGCUCUGUUCUUCAUCAAAUCAGAAAAUAUCUACGUCUGUAGCACUGAAGCAAGUGACUGUGACACGAUGUAAUAUAAAUUACAUCAUGGCUCACCAUUCCCCUGUUAUCAUAAUCCAGAAAUGGAUUCGCUCAUAUCUCACAAGACAAGGACUAAACAAAGUACCAAAAACUGGAUUAAUGGUGACUACUUCAUCUGAGACAAAAUCCAUGAAGGAUUUUCAGCUGCACAAGCUUCCCAAAACUUCUAUUGCUGCAAUUAUUCCCAAAGUUUCUAAAUUUCUGACUGAACAAGCUGCGUCUACUUCUCAGGAUUCCCACAUAGCAUUUGCUCCACCACAAACUCCACAGUCACAGGAAUAUCAAGUACAGUCAACAAACCCCAAAUGCAGUACAUCCCAUUUGCAGCCAACACCAUUCCAAUCACUCAGUGAUAUGCUGAAACAGCAAUAUGGCGCUGGUGAUGGAAUGCACCUGCAGAAAACUUCUUCAAGACUUAACUCAGAAGAGGAAAGCAAAACUCUCCAGGAAAAGCACAGACUUAAAAAGUCAAUUCUCUCAACAGAUGCAUUUUCUGAACUUAUACUUAAUCACCAAGACACAGGUGAAGCUGUCAGGGAUGUCCAUUCAAAGAUUCACAUGUCACCAAAAUCCGAAGACGAUAGUGCUGUCAAAGCACGACAAGCAGCAGCUGGAGAAGGAGGUGACCCAGCAGAAAAUGAAGUCAGUCAAAGAGUUGCAGGAUCAGCUCCAUUGGAGCCAGGAUAA